UGCCAGUCAAACAGCUCGCCUCCUCUUUCUUGCACAUGCACGGCGUGCAUCCUGCAUAUUUACAGCGCUUUCAGGGCGCGGUGCAGAUUGACAGAGGAAUUAUGUCUAUAUGCAUGCUCUAUUAUGCUGAACAAGACGCGCAGUCUGAGGCCCGGAUUAGCGGCGCAGUUUGAUUCUGCUGCUGCGGGCCUCGGCAGUGCUGUCUCUCGGCUUGCUAUCCGCGCUGCGGUUAUGAAGAUUGCAUGAGAGCCAGGAGCCGGGGCUGUUUGACAGCAGCUCGGCUGCCGGUUUGAAAGCUGCCCCUUCACAUGGCUUUAGUCGCCUCGGUCUCUGUCGUGCAGGGGGAAGCGUGUUAUAAAGACCGAGCGGGGUUCGGUUCCCGAUCUGCCACAGGGGGACCCCCGGAAUUCGUGAAGCCGAUACCCGAUAGAUAUAUAAAAUAAACACGACAGCAACUGCACAGCGAUCAGAAAAGAGGUUAAAAGAGCAUCUGUCCGGCAUCCAGCGCUUCUCAUUCUAAUUGGGCAGGCUUCGGAAUCUGUCUAGCCAGGUCAUUGGCUAGCAGCCUACCUGCCUUUUCCAGACUGAACCAAUGACUACCCGAGCUAUGCCUGUGUUCUUUAUUUUGAUUGGCUACGGGAGCUCGCUUGGCGUAACGUACUGUGGAAGACCUCGCAAGCUUCGCUCAAGGUUUGUCGUCUCAAGAAAGGAAGGAUGGAUUCCUCUGCCAGCCGCAGGAGGAAAACUCGCACAGCUGGAGAAAAACUCACACAACUGGAGACCCAGCACUGGAGAACUUAUCAAUAACCAGACUUACUGGAGCUGAACUCCUGUCUGUAAACUCUGAGACCCAGCACUGGAGAACUUAUCAAUAACCAGACUUACUGGAGCUGAACUCCUGUCUGUAAACUCUGAGAUCAGAAGUAGCAGUUGUGAUGCAUAGUUCACCCCCAAGUGUCCUGUAAGUCACUUUGGAUAAAAGCAACUUCUAAAUGACUAAUAAUAAUAAUAAUAAUAAUAAUAAGAAUAGUACUAAUAAUAAUAAUAAUAAUUGGCACUGCUCUUUUAUUUAGCACAGGAGCUAGUGCGCCUGCACUUAAAGAGUUUGUCCGGAUGGAUUUUGAAGGGGAGCCCCCCCCUGAAGAAUGGGGGCUGGAUCCCUUUUUCUUUAUGUUUGCCAAACUUUACAUUAAAGACAUUCUGGAACUGAAGCCGUCCAACCGAGGUCGAAAAAUCCAUUUCUAUAAAUCGCACCCAGUAACCAAAGUGGAAAUCUUGGGAACUGUGGUCUUCAAGCAGGACCGAGAGAAGUACACUUGCUAUGGGGUGGACGACAGCACCGGAGUGGUGAGGUGCUUGUGCUGGAAGAACGGCCGUCAGAAUAAGGUCUCUGACUCGGGGCACUCCACCGGAGUCUUGCCCGGGGCCAGGCAGCAGCAGGAGUUGCAGGAGCUCUCCACCCUGGAGCUUGGUGACCUGAUCCGUGCCAGAGGACGCGUGCAAACUUACAGAGAGCAGAUGGAAAUCUCGGCUUAUUCCUACUGCAAAGUGGACGACCCGACGCUUGAAGUUCAGAUCUCCUGGAUGAGGGAGGUUCCCCGGCUCUACAGGAAAUAUUACGACAAGCCCCGCCUUGGUUCGGACGCUGUGAAGAGGCCGGGUGACACGGGCGCGGCCGGACCCCUGACCUUGAGCAAACUGGUGACUUUGAUGUCGGAGCAGCUCAGGGAGUUCCUGCGGGAAAGCAAAGUGUCCACGUUUUGUCUGCAGGAUCUGGAGACCGUGGACUCUCUGGUGUCGGUGGCCUGCCGCCCUCUUGAGAGCGUCUCCACAGAGGAGGAAGCCGAAAUAGCCGCCUCUACCGCGAAGCGAGUGCGCCACGUUUUCACACACGCCACUCGGAAGCUGGAAGAAGAGGGUCUGGUGUUCGUGAAAAAAUACUACCCAGUGAAAGUCUACCAGGUCACGGUGCAGGACCAGGAGCUUCUGAGGGUGACUCGACAGAUCAUCCUCGCCGACUGCGCCCUGCCGUGCAAUGCUGAGCAGGGCUGUCACUUCCUUGAGGUUUUCCGGAGCGUGUCGGAGCGGUUCCGGUCCGUGAACAAGGCCGCGCUGCGCCAGGUCCUCGACGCUCUGGAGCUGAGCAGUGACAUCGUCAGCUCCACACGCAGCCACUACGUGGCUUUCUGAGGAUCCUUGCUGUGUAGAAAAGCAGGAGCUGCAAGCAGGCGCUGUGCAACCAGCUGUUCUGCGCUGGCUUCCCAAUACCAGUGCUUCUGAAACUGCAGCCUCUAGUCGAUGCAUCAGCAGAAAGGUUUUGGGAAGCCCUCUUAUGGGUGCGUGGAAGUGCCAAAGUGGGCUUUUGUGCCAAAAAAACUCUGUACUGUUAAAAAAAAGGUUUUACACAAACUAACAACAAACCGCUUUGCUGAAAAAGGAGUGCUUCAGACCGGACAAGCUUCGAUGUGCCUGACGACCUCCCCUGGUUGCUAAGCUUCCUUGUGUUCAGUGUAAGCCCCAGCCUGGUGUUUCCCACACCGGUUUUGAGACAGAGAGAGGCAGUCCGGCACACUGAAGGCUCGUCCCUUUCCCUUGCAUCAUUUCUUGCUGCGUCGCAGGUAAUUGUUUUUUGAGAGACGUGUGUUUAUUUUUUCCCUCGCUCUCCUUCACAGAAAGCAGACGGCUUGGUAAACUGGAAUUUCCAGUGUGUGCUGGCAUGAACGAGUAUCUCCUUUCUCUGUAAAUAAUAUCAAGCGAUUGCAUUCAGUUUUACUGCGUCCAUAAAGAUCCAGGGACACAUUCAAUAAAGCUCCUAUAUCACUAAUAUCAUAUACCACUGUGUCAUGCAACACUCUGAAUACCAGCUUUUAGUAGGAGUUUUAGUUGCUUCCUGAUUUAAGAGGUACUUUAAUUACGCUUGCUGCAGGACUAAAGCUAACGAGGGGGGGGGGG